AUGGAUUUAGUGCACAUCAGCGGCGUGCUGGUUAUCCAGCACCUGCAGAACAACUACAGGGAAUAUCACAGCUUUCUCAACUUCAUGUCAACCGUGGGCGACCCUCGCAACAUCUUCUCAGUUUACUUCCCCCUCUGGUUCCAUCUCAGUCAUAAAGUUGGCACCAAGAUGAUAUGGGUGGCUGUUAUAGGAGACUGGCUCAAUCUCAUUUUCAAAUGGAUUCUGUUUGGUCAGCGGCCUUACUGGUGGGUCCAAGAAACCACGUUCUACCACAACAAUUCAGCCCCACGUUUGGAGCAAUUUCAAAUCACGUGUGAAACAGGGCCAGGUAGUCCAUCUGGUCAUGCCAUGGGUUCAUCCUGUGUGUGGUAUGUGAUGAUCACCUCUGUUCUCCACUUCACCAGGCCCUCCCCCAGUGCCUCAUCUGUACAGAGUUUACAGAGGUGGGCAGAUAUAUUGUUUCGUCUCCUGAGGUCUGGUCUGUGGAUGGCUUUCUGGAUCAUUCAGAUGAGCGUUUGCAUCUCCAGGGUUUUUAUUGCGACACAUUUCCCUCAUCAGGUUAUCCUCGGUCUUUUAUCGGGUAUGCUGGUUGCUGCCGUGUUUGAUCAUAUCCCUUCAGUUUACAGUGCGAGCUUGAAAGUUUACAUACAGACCGACGUUUUUCUUUUCUCCUUUGCCGUUUGCUUUUAUCUGCUCCUCAAAGUAAUGGGUAUUGAUCUUCUGUGGUCCGUCACCAAAGCCAAGAAGUGGUGCGUUAACCCAGAGUGGAUCCAUCUGGACACCUCCCCUUUCGCUGGUCUCUUGAGAAACCUUGGAGCCUUGUUUGGCCUGGGCCUGGCCGUCAACUCUGAGAUGUUCCUCCAGAGCUGCAAGGGGAAGAACGGCAACAAAACCAGAUUCAAACUCAUGUGUGUGGCCGCAACUCUCACGUGUCUGCAGCUCUUGGACUUGAUGAAAAUGCCCACUCACACUGAGGUUCUGUUUUACGCACUGUCGUUCUGCAAGAGUGCAUCAGUACCUCUCGCUGUGGUGGCUGUUAUUCCUUACUGUGUUCAUUUGCUGAUUGGAGAUGAGGACAGGAAACUGUCUUAGAUUAUCAUCGAAUUUGUAGGAUUUCUCACAACCCUUUUUAACCAGCAUUACAAGACAUGGCCAUUGGAUAAACUGACACCACAUGUCAGACUCCUAGUCCCAGUUACUGCACACAAGCACUGAAACUGCAAUAUAUCUUGAAAUAAGUUACUUAACAGGGUUAUAGUAGUAAUAUGUAGUGAUAUGAUGAAAUAUUGGUCCUUAUGCCCUGAACAUAGCAAAAUAUAAAAAGUGUAG